UAACCUAUCCUUUUUUGUAGGUUAGAUUUAAAAGAAAUUGUUUUUGUGGUUUGUGUAUUUCAAAAUUAUAUAUAUAACGAUAGGUAACGUAUCUGACAUGGAACGUGUACCGGAAAAUGGUUCAGAUUGCGAAUCAAACAAUCAAGAAAAUGUUGACAAAGUUUUGGAGCCUAAACAAGUAAAGUCAAAGAAAACUAGAAAGCGUGGGAUUAUUUAUCUAUCCACGAUUCCUCCUUACAUGAAUGUAGCUAAGAUAAGGGAAAUAUUCAGUCAAUACGGAGAUGUUGGAAGGAUAUACUUACAGUCGAGUUCCAAACCAGGUGAGAAAAGGAAGAUGCGAAGGCCGAAUUUAUUCACAGAGGGUUGGGUGGAGUUUGAAAAGAAAAGUGUAGCAAAAUCAGUUACAUCUCUCUUGAAUAAUACAAAAAUAGGUACAAGAAAAAAGUCUCGUUACUAUGACAUGAUUUGGAACAUUAAAUACAUUCCACGAUUUAAAUGGAUACAUCUGAGUGAACGACUUACAUAUGAGAGAGCAGCUAUGAAGCAGAGGUUGCAAGCAGAGAUAUCACAGGCAAAGAAAGAAGCACAUUACUUGCAAACCAAUGUUGAGAAAAGCAAGAAAUUAAAAAAGAAAAGAGCCAUAGCCCAUGAAUAAAAUUAGUUUAUAAAUAAAACAAUUUUUAUUAAAACAGAAAAUU